AUGGACAACAAAGUGGGAGUGCGUGAUUCUUCGAAAUACCGUAACAAAUCCUCCAAGAUAAUCUAUGACUCGGUGAAAGUGAAUAAUUGUGGACUUAUGAAGCUAACUCCGUGGAUGUUGGAUGUAGUCGACACGCCACAAUUUCAAAGACUGCGCGAUGUCAGGCAACUCGGAUCCGUACAAUUUGUCUUUCCUGGCGCUGUCCACACACGAUUUGAGCAUUGUUUAGGUGUAGGAGUAUUGGCAAAUACAUUGAUUUCAAGAUUUCAACGUGACCAAAAAGAUCUCGGAAUUACCGAAAAGGAUGUCCAAUGCGUCACUAUUGCUGGAUUAUGUCAUGACUUGGGUCAUGGUCCAUUCAGUCACGUGUUUGAUGACUUAGUCGUCCCGCAACUAGGACUGUCUAAAAAAUGGAGCCAUGAGGAGGCAUCCCAGAUGAUGGUAGAACACUUGGCUACAGAUAACAAGCUCGAGUUUUUGGACGAUAGUGAUAUUAAGUUCAUCCAAAGCCUGAUCAGUGGAGACAAAUGCGGCUCAUUCUUAUACGAUAUAGUAGCCAAUGAGCGUAAUUCAGUUGACGUUGACAAGUUUGACUAUCUCCAACGCGAUUCAUAUUACACCGGGAUGAAACAAGUUCACGAUAUCGAUCGCCUGAUGCUGUUUUCGAAAGUUGAGGAUAACCAGAUAGCCUAUCCGUACAAAGAACGGCAAAACUUGUAUGAUAUGUUUCAUGCAAGGUACAGUCUUUUUAAGAGAGUUUACACGCAUCCAGUUGUAAAGGCGAUCGAUUUUAUGAUAGCGGAUGCAUUAAUAAAGGCCAAAGACUUCUAUCAACUUGCUCAGGCUGUUGAAGACCCCGAGCUGUACGUUAUGUUGGAUGACACGAUCCUUCGACGAAUCGAGCACUCUUCAGAUAAGGAACUAGGAACAUCAAGAGAAAUAUUGAGAAGAUUGCGAAAGAGACAAUUGUACAAAUUUGUUGGAGAAUAUCUUAUUCCUGCUGAUUGUCGUGCUGCGCAUGCUAAGACCCCCGAUCAGAAAUACGUCGAAAAAAUUAUCGAAUGUGGUAACAAGGGCUUCUCCGCAGACGAUGUUAUUGUGAAAACUGAAGUUAUACAUUUUGGAAUGCGCGAUAAAAACCCGUUAGACCAUAUCAAGUUUUACGAUGACGGGGUACCAAGAUACGAGGAUACUCGAAUGGUGCCCGAAUGUUAUCAAGAGAAGUACCUUCGCGUGUUUGUCCGAAAUACCGAAAAGGCGCAACUUGUAAAAGAAGCUUUUGAUAAGUAUUGUACGGAAGAUGCCGACUUCUUCAGGUCGUCCGGGAACAGUGCUCCUACUCGCAUAAAUGGAUAUUCCCCCAAUUCCGCCUCUUGA